CGGAAUCAUCAGCGGGAAGAAAGCAAAAUGGCCGCGGUUCACCAAGACUCUUGGUACCUCUCAUUACUGGGUUUAGCAGAAAGUUUCCGGACAUCUAAUCCUCCAAAUAUAAAGAUGUGUAUCCAUUGUCUAAAGACAAUAUUUAACUUUAAGCCUCCGCCUCGAAUAGAAGCCAGGACGCACCUUCAACUUGGAACAAUUUUACUCCGACACACAAAAAAUUUUGAUCUGGCCCGGCAACAUUUAGAAAAAGCGUGGACCAUGGCACAGAAUAUCCCAUCAUUUGAAGAUGUCAGCUUCGAGAGUGCAAGCUCCCUAGCACAACUACUAGAACAACAGAACCAGUCAGCGCAGGCUAAACCAGUGCUACAACAGGCCAUAGACAUAUCCCAGCAGUCCCCAUACUGGCAUUGUAGACUUUGUUUCCAGUUAGCACAACUGUAUGCAGUUGACCAUGAAUACUCUCUAGCAUGUUCAUUAUUGGGACAUGGGGCAGAUUAUGCAGAAAUGAAGCGAUCAGAAUUCACCAGGAUACUCUUUUUACUAAGUAAAGGCAUGCUGUUACUGAUAGACAAAAAGUUUCAAGAAGUUCACCAAGUACUAACACUGACUGGUCAACUGACAGAAGCCUGGUUGGGUCCUGCAGUACAGAAAGAAUCCCUAAAAGUGUUUUUUCUAGUGCUACAAGUCUGCCAUUUCCUCAUGGCUGGUCAGGUAAAAAGUGUGAAAGGUUCUUUAAAACAACUUCAGCAAAGUAUACAGACCAUAACCACCCUGAAUGUAGAUGAAGAUAUUUUACCAGGUUCCAAUAACCCCUCUGAUCUCUUCCACUGGUUGCCUAAAGAACACAUGUGUGUCUUAGUGUACCUUCUUACUGUGAUGCAUUCAAUGCAGGCAGGGUACAUGGACAAAGCACAAAAAUAUACUGAUAAAGCCCUGAUGCAAAUAGAAAAACUUAAAAUGCUUGAAGCCCAUCCAUUAUUAUCCACAUUCCAACUUAUGCUCCUAGAGAAUAUAAUCCAAUGUCGACUCAUAAUGGGAAAUAAAUCACAGGCAAUCCAAGAGAUAUACCAAGCUUGCCAUGUGUGUCAACAACAACCAAAACUUUUCCAGUCACAUGGUGCACAACUACAUACAUUAUUGGGGCUGUAUGCAAUGUCUAUGAACUGUAUGGAUGCCUCAGAAGCACAGUUUAAUACAGCACUUAGGUUAUCAGUAGGAAAAGAGUUAUGGACAUUUGUAAAUUUAAAUCUAGCCAUAGUAUAUCUUCGAACAAAUAGAGUUAAUGAACUAUUAGGAUUAGUGGAAAGAAUUGAUCCAGAUCGGUUGCCAGAAACCACCCAUAGUCUCAAAGCCUCAUCGUUCUAUGUCAAAGGUCUGCAGUCUUUCUUCCAAACCAAAUACAAUGACGCAAAGCGUUAUCUCAGGGAAACUUUAAAAAUGGCAAAUGCUGAAGAUUUGAAUCGUCUCACUUCCUGUUCGCUGGUUCUUUUGGGUCAUAUAUUUUUAUCUCUAGGCAAUAGUGCAGAAGCAAUGAAUAUGGUCACCCCCGCAAUGCAGUUAGCUAGUAAAAUACCAGAUGUCCACGUCCAACUCUGGGCUAGUGCUCUUUUGAAAGAUCUGUACAGGUAUAUAGGGGACCCAGCAAAAGAAGAAGAGGGCUUCAGGUUACAUGACAGUUUUGCACAGUCUUUACUAACAGACCAUUGUACAUCAUCUCAGCUCUCUGAGCACUCUCUAAUACAAUGGACUGAUGGGUUAUGCCCAAUUAACAAUCUAACUCCAACAAAUGGCACUGCAGGGUUAUUGUAGCAAAACGCCAUACAAUCGCAACAUCUGUGUUAUCAAGGCAGCAAAAUAAAUGGCCAGGAAGUUUGGAGGCUCCUUAGACUAGUCAUAAACACCAAUUGGAAAGGAUGCAUGAACAAGUAGAAACCAACUUAGGUUACUAAUGUACCUCUCUCUAAUGCCAUAACCAUUCGUGCUAUGGGAUCUAGCUUCCCCAUAGUGACAUGAAUUUAAAUGAUGUGUGAAAUAUUAUGGUGCAUGUAGAAGCAUGGAAAUAUUGGAAUAAUACUAGCCAGAAAAGAUAUGACGACUCAUAUUGGAAUACUAGCAUAGCAGACCUUGAAGGCAGACUGCAUUUACUCACAUUGAUCUCCCCAGCUUGUAUGCAUCUGGGUGCUACGCCCAGUUGACAAUAGGAAAUUGCCUUUUACAGCCAUUUGAAAGUUCACUUGCGCCAGGUUUAAUAUUUGGAAAAUUUGGUAAAUUGAGGUGGUCUAAGCAAUUGGGACUAAAAGUCAGACUAAGUGAAUUGAGAAUUGUGCAAUGAGCUUAAAAACAUCAACACUUACUCAAGAGGUGACAUAGUGGGUUGCUUAUGUGGUGAACAUAAAGGGUUGGCAACCAACAUGAGCAAAAAUGAUAAAAUCAAAAGUGGGGCACUUUUGUUUUGACAUAUUUGGUAUCAAUAAGUACAGUGAUCAAAUGAACAAAAACAUGAAUGAUAUUAACUGGGUACCAUGGGAGAUGGUAAAGGGGAUCCUUCUGUUCAAGUCCUCAAUUCAUUUGCAUGAGCUCCAUCCAGACUGUAUGACUGGAAAUACUGCAAAUUAGAUUAUUCUAAAUACAUGAAAACAUGCUUAAUUCAGUGGUUUGAUAUGCCAAAUAUAUCAG